ACAAGAUUUUUAGUUUGACAAAGUAAAGUUUACAAGUCAGUAAUGAUAAAAUCAAGAGUUAUUUUUGCAUGAUUUAAUUAAUUGCUGUGAAAAAUAGCAAAUCAACGAUGAAUGACGUUAAAUUGUCAAAAUUAUUCAGCGAUAGAAAAGUGAGAAAAAUCUAACAGAAAAUGCAUAAAGUCAGGAAGAUAAAAAAGAGUGUAAAAAGGAUGAAUGAGUUAAGACUGGAUGCUGGAUGAUUUCAUGUCUUGGAUAAGUAUGACAAGACUCACAUAAGUAGUCAAUCGAUAAGGAGCAAACUCGUAUUAGAUUGUUAUGGAUUUGAUUGGAAGAUCAUCAAAUGCAAGUUAAUUGUAGCUUCAGAUACGAAACUGAACAGAAUACUAAAGUUGAUUUUUUAAUAAAUUUAAUCUCAAUUUGGUCAUUUUUGUGGAUAAUUGGCUCUUUCAGAGAUAAUUUAGUUUAUAUUGAAUAUUUUUAAAUAAUCAAAAAUGCCCAAAAGACGGAAAAGAAAGUCAAAGUCGUUAUCAGUUAAAAAACAUGAAUCAGGACCAAUGUCAGUUGAAGAUUUAGACGAUCAUGCAAUGAGUAAAAGAGCAAAUAGUAUUGUUCCAAACGCGGAUGAACUUUCUAUAGCUGAAAUAUUCUCAACCUUAGGAGCAUCUCCAACAUUAUUACCUCCACCAAUCCUCAAAAGGGCUUCGUCUCGCUCAUCUCGUUCAUCAAGAUCAUCAAGAUCAUCUUCAUAUCAAUCAGAUGAUCGAAGAAAAAUGGUAAAAAUAAGAGAACCUCAUGAAAAUAUUGAACACAGUAAGCCUAAAAUAAAACGAGUGGCAACACCAGCAGUUAGAAAACGCAUGAAAAGGAGAGAAUCGGAAAGUAGCCAUUCAAGUCCUAACAGAAGCCAAACAAGAAGUCGAACAAAAAGCCAAACUAUUAAACAAGCUACACAUCGAGCAAAAAGUCGAUCCAAGAGCCCAUCUAAAAGUCGAUCUAGAAGUGAAUCUAAAAGUGGAUCUAGAAAUCGAUCCAAGAGCCCAUCUAAAAGUCGAUCUAGAAGUGGAUCUAAAAGUGGAUCUAGAAAUCGAUCUAGAAAGCGAUCCAAGAGUCGGGUUCACAGUAAAGAUCGGAAAGGAAAAAGAACUGGUCAUUCAGAAGUGCGAAUAAGUAUACGAACCAAAUCAAAACGAAACAUGAAAUGAAAUUAAUCUGCUUCAAGAUUUACUGGCUAACUAAUAAAAAUAUAAUACAAAUGCAAUUUACGAUGAA